GAAGAAAGUUCAGCAUAACAGAAAGUGAAAGUGGUACAAGUCCGUUCAGUUUCUUUUAAUCUUGUGUUAGUAAACAGAAGACGAUGAAUAAUCUGUUUGCAUUACUCCUCUGCGGCCACGUUGCUUCUUCAGUAAAACACUCCUUUAAGUUUUUCGUCACUGAAACCUCUGGAGCCCAGAUCAUCCCUGAGUUUGUGGCUGUUGCACUUGUUGAUGGAGUUCAGAUAGGUGACUUCAACAGCAUAAGAGGACUAGAACUCAAAAAAGACUGGAUUCAGUUCUUUAAGGAUGACCCUCAGCUCCUGGAGUCAUGCACUAAUAAAUGUUUGAAUGAUCAGCAAUUCUUCAAGGCAACCAUUGAGAGUUUGAUGCAACGUUUGAACCAAACUGAAGGUGUUCAUAUUUUGCAAAGAAUGGAUGGCUGUGAAUGGGUUGAUGAGACUGGAGAGGUUAAUGGGUUCAAUCAGUUUGGUUAUAAUGGAGAAGACUUCAUAGCAUUGGACCUGCAGACACUGACAUGGAUUGCUCCAAAACCACAAGCUGUCCCCACAAAACUGAGAUGGGACACUGAAAAAGCUCAAUUUGAAUACCAUAAAUACUUUUACAGCCAUAAAUGCCCUGAGUUAUUAAAGAACUAUGUGCACUAUUGGAGGAGCUUUCUGCAGACAGUUCUUCCCUCAGUGUCUCUCCUCCAGAAGUCUCCCUCCUCUCCAAUCAGCUGCCACGCUACAGGUUUCUACCCUCACAGAGCCAUGAUGUUCUGGAGGAAAGAUGGAGAGGAGAUCCAUGAAGGUGUGGAUCAUGGAGAGAUCCUCCCCAACAAUGAUGGGACCUUCCAGAUGAGUGUUGAUCUGAAACUCUCAUCAGUCACACCUGCAGACUGGGAGAGGUACGACUGUGUGUUUCACCUCUCUGAUGUCAGCAGUGACAUCAUCACCAAACUGGACAAAGCUGUGAUCAGGACCAACAUGGCAGAGAAGCCCACUGACAUGGUGAUCUCCAUCAGUGCUGCAGUGGUUGUUCUAGCUCUCAUCCUCAUUGCAGCUGCAGCAUUUGUGGCUCACAAGAAGAAGAAAGCUGAAUGUUCUCCAUCCUGUGCUGAUAAUGACUCUGAGCAGUCUGAGAGACUAAACACACAAAGCUGACUGUCCUGCAGCAGCUCUGCUCUCCACGCUCUGCUGGAGCUUCCACAGUUCAAAGACACAGUUUAGACACACUUGUGAUUAAUAUUACCCACAGGUAAUAACAACAUUGUGGAGACCACUGUUGAACAGGUUGCUUUACUUGCUGUCAGUUAGUGCAUGGUCAGAUAUUUGUAUCUAGAACACGUGUCAAACUCAAGGCCCAGUGGCCAGAUUUGGCCCGUGAGAUAAUUUAAUAUGGCUAUGAUUAAUGGCCCGCCGGUAACUGGCGCUCCCAUCACUUAUAGUACAAAUCCUGCUAUGCACUGCGACAGCUGCCACACAAGUCAAGACCUGUGCACUAACCCAUUUUCCCGUGUUGCCAAUGACACACCAAUCAGUGAUCAGCCGAUAAAAACAUCAGUCAGCACUUUUUACAGUGACAUUUAAGCUUCCUGACCCCAAAAAAUGGCCAAACGAAUAGUGGGCUUUGAAAACAGGUGGGAGGCCAAGGAUCGAUGAAAUCAGAGGUAAACCGUCUGUCUCUUUUCCUUGCCUGUGAUGUGCUGGGAAAAGAGCGGAUUAGUGGUACAGAUACGGGAGAAGAUGCAGAGGGAGACCUGCACAGGUGAGCUGACGGUGCAUCACUGCGUCACACAGCAGGAAACGCUGCAGCAAAGUCCUGAAGACAGAACUCAAACACCGAAACACAGACAGGGAACUUUAUAAGAGGCAAAGCUUUAAAUCAGCGACAGUUUCAGAGGAAACAGCUUCUGAGUUAUACACAGGUGAGAUGAUCUACCUGAGAAAUCUGUCAGUUCACAGAAAGUAAGAAAGAAAUGGAAUAAGAGAGAAACUAAGCAGCUCGUUGUUGUUUCUUUUUUCUAUCACAUCAAAAAUGAAAUUUGCAAAUUUUUAUCAGCUUGAAAUCUUAUUUUCCCUGAGGUUAUUUUUGAAGAAAAAUAUUAUAUUUAAUGUGUUGAGGAAAAUGUUUCUGUAGCACAGCCAUUCAAAUUCAUAUUGCUGAUUUAAAAUAUUUUCAGUUUUAGAUGUUUAAUAAAUCCCAUUCGGCCUGCGUCUGAGGCUACGUUCACACUGCAGCCUGAAGUGACCCAAAUCCGAUUUUUUUGCCCUUAUGCGACCUGUAUCCAAUCUUUUCAUGCCAGUCUGAACAACACAGAUCUGAUUUUUUUCAAAUGCAACCUGUGUCUGUACGGCCAGGUCGCAUUCAUCCGACCUGAACGUCACUGAUACUCGACAAACGUCACUAUUCUGCGUCCUGCUACGCGGAAGCGGGAAGAAAAACAAACUUACUUCUGCAAACACUGAGCACGCUCCCUACAUAUGACGUUAUGUGUCCUCUACUGUGUAUGCGGGACACUUUCAGGUUCGCUUGCAGUUCACACACAGAUCACAGCCAAGUCGCAUAUAUUUGGAAAUAGGAACGACCACGCAAAAAACAUCAGAUUUCACAAAAAAUCAGAAUUGGGUCACUUCAGGCUGCAGUGUCAACGUAGCCUUAGACCAUGUUUGCAGUUUUGGCCUGUUCUGUGAUUGAGUCUGACACUCCUGAUCUACAGUCUUGACUGAUGUUUUUAUGAUUUUUCCAUUUGUCUGUGAUUCAUGUGUUUGUGAUUUGAAUCUGUUUCAUUGACUCAUCACUGUGCAUCACAAGUCCUCUACAAAGCAACAGCAUUAAAUUUAAUGUUGGUUAUGCAUCUAACUGUGUGGUGAUAGUGUGGUAACGAAGUGUGUUGUGUCACUGAGAGACUGACAGUGAACAAGUCGUGUCAUUUAGCAGAUGACAGUGAAACAUUGAAGCAUGCAGCAACAGAAUCUCUGCUGUAAUUCUGUUGCUGUGGUAGCUUUAUUGGUACAAGCAGUUAAAUAAAAACUGGUCAAAUGUCCAGCAGUGAUAAAUACAGACAGCUGUCCAGCUAGCAAACUUUCCAAAAAGCACUGAACAAAUGAUCUUGGACAGUCUUAGAAAAAGAUUUGUGCACAUGCACCAACAGAAGUAUUGAAGACAUUAAAUUUAUGCUUUUCACUGGAUUAAUAACUGUAAAAUGUUUACCAAACUAUAAGGAUCAGGGCUUGUUGCAUUAUGAUCAUUCAGAUCAAAUUAUGUAUAAAGUAGGAGAUAUCUGCACCUUCUCAGAGACCAGUGCAGUUUGACAGUGUUGUAGAUCCUCAGCCUUUCAAUUCAGUGUCUAAUAUUGAAUAUGACUCUGGUGUGGCUGUAGCUCAGGAGGUAGAGCAGGUCACCUACUGAUCGGAAGGUUGGCAGUUCAAUUCCGGGCUACUCCAGGCUGCAUGCCAAUGUAUCCUUGGGCGAGA